ACUACCAUAACUGCCACAGAAGGCAAAAGCUGCUCAGAUGAUGAGACCACAAUGACAGCACCUGGAACUGACAUCAGUCAUGCCGGUGGUACAGAGGUGGCAGCAACUUGUACCACGGUUCCUUCAGUGCGGAAAAAGGGACAUGGAAUAUUAUCCAACCCAAAGUUUGCCUCAUUCACAGACCCUUUCAACCUGUCCAUCGAUGUCACAAAUAUUGAGGACGAGGAUGAAGAUGAAGACGACUCUGACUAUGAACCUAGUUUCAGCUUUGAAGCUGUCUUACCAGAUGAUGUUAACCAAAACUAUGAGGAAGCGGCAUUUGAAGAAGAGGCAUUUGGAAAAGAUGGUUGUGAUGAUGAUGCUGAUGCAGAAGAAGAGUCUGCAGAUGAUGACCCUUGUCCUGGCAUUCAAAGGCUAAAGAGCAUAUGGCGGGGAGUUUUACAUCACAUCACAAACAAGCACGAAUGGAUCCUGUCUCAAGGAACUGGAAUAAAUGGUUGUCUUCAUGAUCCUUUAUAUGAAAACGAAGUGCGUGAAAAACCCUGGCUUUCAACUUCAGACCAUGCAAGAGUUUUACAAGACCUGAGUGCUGUGAUCCUGGACAAUAGAUUCUUGAGCAAAGUGUCAUAUUACCUGAAUUACAGAACCACUGCUGACAUAGAAGUGUUUCACCAGUUAAUUUUGAUGCACUGUGCAAAGAGGUUUGCAUAUACACCGCCUGUGUACAGAAUCCGCAACCUAUUGGCAGCUAUCGACCACAACUACCACAGCAACAGACCUCUGAAAACCAACAAAGAUGGAGAAAUAAGGUAUCACAGAUGCUACAACAAAAAAAGCAAGCGCUGGUCAGUCUUUCCAGUAGCCAAGACCUAUGGCUACGUUCCAGAGAUGGCAGAAAUGCUGUACAAAAAACGGAUUAAGGAUAAAGUAGGAAUGGGCAAAAAAAUGGUCUUGGAAGAAGGUGAUCCAAGAAGACUGGCAAAACACUUGGCCCCAGAAUCCCCUCCAUCUACCUCAGCAAUUGUUCAGGCCAAACAGACCAGGUUCAAGAGAAAAUGAAAUUGAACUGAAAAAAGAAGUACUCGGUACUUAAAUUGUUUGAACAGAGCAACAAUAAUGUUGAUAUUAGAUGUAUUGCUAAUGAUCAAUUCUCAAUAAGAUUGAUGUCACAUGCAUUGUCUUUCUGAUUUACAUUGAGUAUGAUGUGAGUGAAAAAGUGUAUAUUUAAUAGAUUUAAGCACCACCUUUUUAUGCCUUCAGAUCGAAUGAUCGGGGUAUUAUGUUUUUGGCCUGUCUUUCUGUCUGUCAUCAUUGUAUGUGUGUGUCUGUCUGGCAUUGUAUGUGUGUGUCUGUCAUUGUAUGUGUGUGUCUGUCAUUGUAUGUGUGUGUCUGUCCCUAAUUUUUAAACUUGGCCAUAACUUUUGCAAUAUUGAUGAUAGCAACUUGAUAUUUGGCAUGCAUGUGUAUCUCAAAUAGCUGCAUAUUUUGAGUCGUGAAAGGUCAAGGUCAUCCUGCAAGGUCAAAGAUCAAUGUGAAAUAUUUGGGUGUGGGCAUUGUGUUUUACAAACACUGCUCUUGUUGAAAUAUAUAAUAUUCUCAAGUUUGAAAUUUCAUUCUUGUUGUUAAAAUUCUAUUUAUCUGAAAUCAUAAAAAAUAUUUAGUCAUACUUGGAUUGCUUGUUCAGGGGAACUUGAUUAGGCAGGUAUCCAUUAAUGAUUUUUACAUGGUCAUGGCCUUUUUUUGACUUUGACUUUUCAUUGUGAACGUUUAAGCCAAGGUCCCUGUCUAGGCAACUGUAAAGUUCUUUGGUUCACAUUAUGUUAUCCACACAAGGGAACACAUUUGUCAAGGCUAGGUAACCCUACAAUUAAUGGUCGCCACUUUUUUAUCUAACACUGGGCAAAGUGGAAGACGCUGGGAGUAGACAGCUGUUUAAAAGUUGGUGGCAACCUUAAUAAAUUGUUGAUGUAAGGAGUCUCUAUUAGUUAGAUUGAUUUGAUGAAAUGGUGUCAAAUGAUUAUGUACCUUCAGUGCAUUUUUGUGUUUAAGUUAAGUGAUUUCAAGACCAGAAGAUAAAUUAUUUUGUGAAUGAGGUUCAUUGCGAAAGGCAUAUGCUAUUGGAAGAAGCCAGGGCCCAUCAUAUCAAACAUCCUACGACAUUGGCACCAUGCGAUGCAAUUUUCAAAGUGCCAUACAUAUGUAACCAUCACGUUUAUAAUUACUUUUGUUGCACAUUUUCAAAUUAGCUGUCAAUUAUCCUUUAUAUUUGAAACUAACAGAUCAAAAUAACUUAUAUUUUAAUAUUUCAAAAUUCAAUCGUAAGUUAACCUUGUCGUACUAUCUUUGAUUAGACAGACCCCAGAUUAGCAAUGGCUCAGGUGAGUUGUGAAUGAUAUUCAAUUGUGUAAUGAUUUAAUAUGUUAAUAAAUAUUUCUGCUUGUAAUUGACAUGAUAUACAGUAAUUAUUUUGUUCUAAAAACAACUCAUAUUUUAUCAUUUAUGUUAGCCUUUAUUGUUGUUGCUUGCUGACUGAAUACAGAAUUCAUUGCAAUGUAUAUUUUUCAACCAUUGUCUUUUGGUUUCUGUGGAAAUGUGUUUAUUUUUUUUACAUAAUUUCAUUCAAAAUCUAACUAAAAAAUCAAAGUUCAAACAUAGUUACAUAGACCAUGGAUAUCAAUUAACAUUUUGAACACAUGAGCCAAACUUUUUGUAAAGAUGAAAAAAUAUUUUUUCUAAAAACAUUUGAGCGCAUCACAAAUUUUAGGGGCCAAGGCUACUCAGCUCGAGGUAAUAUUUAUAUCCUUGUAGACAUUAUCAAAAAAUAACAUACAUGUUACCUUUGUUGUAAUUUUGUCAAACAUUCAUCUUGACUUUAUAUGCUCUUAGCAUUGAAUCUUUGAAUGCAGCGUUCAAAAAAAAAACUAGAUAAAAUUACUUAAAUAAGUCAGAAGCAAAUGCAAAGCAGUUUGAUACUUGAAUUUUCUGUCUUAAGUUACUGACGUUGCAUGUUAUUUGUAAUGACUGUGCAGAUAUACUUAUGUAUUGGUUAACAUAUUGAU